AUGGUCAGUGACUUCUUUUUCCCCCAGUCAGGGGGGAUCGAGAGUCACAUCUACCAAUUGUCCUCUCCCCUGCAGAAACUCAUCGACCGCGGACACAAGGUUAUAAUCAUUACCCAUGCAUACAAAGGUCGAACCGGAGUCCGAUACCUCACCAAUGGACUCAAAAUUUACCACGUUCCUUUCUUCGUCAUCUACCGCGAGACUACCUUCCCUACUGUCUUCUCCUUCUUUCCAAUUUUCCGCAAUAUUGUCAUUCGAGAGCAAAUCGACAUUGUACAUGGACAUGCCAGUCUGAGUAGCUUCUGCGGGGAAGCUAUUCUCCAUGCACGAACAAUGGGUUUACGAACUGUCUUUACCGACCACUCCCUCUUCGGCUUUGCCGAUGCUGCCUCCAUUCUCACCAAUAAGCUCCUCAAGUUUACCUUGAGUGAUGUCGACCAUGCAAUCUGUGUCAGCCAUACUUGUAAGGAAAACACGGUGCUUCGUGCCUCGUUGGACCCCUUGAUGGUCUCGGUCAUUCCCAAUGCUGUUGUCGCGGAGAACUUUUGUCCGCUUUCCUACACCCCCCGUGCGUCUGAUCAGAUCCCGGCUUCCCCUGCCGAUCCGCGACCGUCACCAACCCCAAUUGGCCCUGAUGACACGAUCACCAUUGUGGUUAUAUCUCGUCUCUUUUACAAUAAGGGCACUGAUCUUCUCAUUGCCGCUAUUCCGCGAAUCCUCUCCUUGAACCCCAAUACUCGGUUCAUUAUUGCAGGAUCUGGCCCUAAAGCCAUCGACUUGGAGCAAAUGUUAGAACGCAACGUGCUGCAGGACAAGGUUGAAAUGCUUGGCUCCGUGCGACAUGAAGAGGUGCGCGAUGUCAUGGUGCGAGGACACAUCUACCUCCACCCUAGUCUGACGGAGGCAUUCGGGACGGUUAUUGUCGAGGCUGCCAGCUGCGGACUAUACGUGGUCUGUACCCGGGUCGGCGGUAUUCCCGAAGUACUCCCUCAACAUAUGACUACAUUCGCCAAACCCGAGGAGGACGAUCUCGUGAUUGCAACCAGUAAGGCUAUUGCAGCCUUGCGCUCAAACAAAGUUCGGACGGACCGAUUCCAUGACCAGGUGAAAAUGAUGUAUUCCUGGCGGGAUGUCGCGCGACGGACCGAGCGUGUCUAUGAGGGCAUCAUUGGCGACAUCAGUCCCGAAGAAUUCUAUGGCUACUACCCAGGCCAGGGCUGGGAGGCUAGCGGGGACCGUGUGCGCAGUUUCGCCCUGGUUGAUCGGUUGAAACGAUAUUACGGCUGCGGCGUCUGGGCUGGCAAGUUGUUCUGCCUCUGCGUCGUGAUUGACUUUUUGAUUUAUGUGUUUCUCGAGAUGUGGUUUCCCCGGGCAAAUAUCGACCUCGCACGAAGCUGGCCCAAGAAACAACUGGAGGAGGAACCUUACGCCUCCACGACUGCCCGAAGCAGUCGAUAG